AUGUCGCGUGCGAUUCAGCCGCCCAGCAAGCGCGCCGGCGCCGCGUCCGCGGCAGGCCCGGCCCACGCGCAGGCGCAGGCGGAGGAGGCGCCGGCGGGGGCCGGGGCGCCGUGCGGCGCGUGCAAGUUCCUGCGCCGGCGGUGUGUGCCGGGGUGCGUGUUCGCGCCCCACUUCGGCGGCGGCAACGGGAGCGGGAGGGAGCACGGCGGUGGCGGGGCCGGCGCGGCGCAGUUCGCGACCGUGCACAAGGUGUUCGGCGCCAGCAACGUGGCUAAGAUGCUGUCGCGGGUUCCUGCGGCGCUGCGCCGGGACGCGGCCAGCACCGUCUGCUACGAGGCACAGGCGCGCAUCGCCGACCCCGUCUACGGUUGCGUCGGCACCAUCCUCGCCCUACAGCACCAGGUAGCACUCGUCCAAGCCGAGCUUUCCAUGGUGCAAACUGAACUCCUCAACCGCAGACUGGCCUUGGCGACGGUGCACCCGACGUACUCCGGCGUGUCUCCGCCGAACCAGAUGGUGAAUUGUGGCGCCCUUUCACAAGCUAUGGAUUUCAUAGACAUCGAGCCUUCGCUGAGGGGCCUGUCGCCUCCUCUCCUGCCAUCGCAACAACCACAUAGGGUGGAGGAAGACCAGGAGGGAGAAAGUCAAACCAUGGAUGUCUUCUUGGGGAAAUAG